UGCAAUCUGGUGCUCAAAUGUUAUUGAAGGGUUUACGUUUAUCUAAAUUUUCCACGAUUGUAACUUUAAUGUUUGUUGAUCACUGAAGAAACUUUGAAAACGCAAACAUGGUUCUUUUGAAUAGUGGGAAAAGAAAGAAAGGAGAUGCCGACGAUGGCGAGGAAAGCAAUAAUUCACGAUCGCGUUCAAGACCUGAUGAUCUCGGUGGUUCUACGGAAACAAGAGUCCUAAGGAUUCAGACAAAUGACACGCUGGAUGUUAAGUAUGGAUUUGAUCGCUACAAGGAGCCAGUAGAUCGACUAGGAUGGCUUAUCAACAUGCAUCCAACAGAGGUAAUUGAUGACGACAAGAAGCUAAUCAGUGCUGUAGACCUCUAUUUCAUUCAAGAUGAUGGGGGACGAUUUAGGGUACCAUUGCCGUACAAGCCUUAUUUCUACAUCCUUGCAAAUAAGGAUACUGAUCGAGAGGUCGCAACUUUCUUGAACAGAAAGUUUGGUGGAUUGAUAGCAAGCAUAGAAACAGUGGCUAAGGAAGAUCUAGAUCUGGUAAGGGAAAUCAUGCCAGCUGUAAGGAAAAACAAAGAACAGGCCAAGACAAAUGCAGCCUACAAUAUUGUGAUGGGUAAUGAUUGGAAUGAAGAAGAAAUGAUUGCAACUAACAGAAGAAGUAGUGAUCAAAUGGCAAAUAUUAUUGACAUUAGGGAGUAUGAUGUGCCUUAUCAUGUCAGAGUGGCCAUUGAUCUUAAGAUUUUUGUGGGUCACUGGUAUGAAGUGAAAGUUCGUGGUGGAAUCCAUGCAGAGAUAAGAAGGAGAGAGGAUCUUCUUGACAGACCAGAACCAAUUGUAUUGGCCUAUGAUAUUGAGACAACAAAGCUCCCGCUGAAGUUUCCUGAUUCCAGCACAGACUCAAUCAUGAUGAUCUCUUACAUGAUUGACGGCCAGGGCUUCUUAAUUAUUAACAGAGAAAUAGUUUCAGAAGACAUUGAAGAUUUUGAAUACACACCAAAACCUGAAUAUGAAGGACAUUUUACAGUCAUAAAUGAGCCAAAUGAGCUAAGCCUACUCCAGCGUUUUUUCGAGCAUAUUCUGGAAGUCAAACCAAAUAUAUUUGUAACCUACAAUGGAGAUUCCUUUGAUUGGCCAUUUGUUGAGGCCCGUGCAGCACAUCAUGGUAUCAACAUGUUUGAUGAAAUUGGCUUUUGUGCUGAUGCACAAGGAGAGUACAAAAGCCGUGCAGCAAUCCACAUGGAUGCUUUCAGAUGGGUUAAAAGAGACAGCUACCUCCCUGUUGGAAGUCAAAACUUGAAGGCUACCACCAAAGCUAAGCUGCGUUAUGAUCCCAUUGAACUGGAUCCUGAGGAGAUGUGUCGCAUGGCCAGAGAGCAGCCUCAGGUAUUGGCCAAUUACUCAGUUUCUGAUGCAGUUGCCACUUACUACCUUUACAUGAAAUAUGUUCAUCCAUUUAUCUUUGCACUGUGCACCAUUAUUCCAAUGGAAGCAGAUGAGGUGCUCAGAAAAGGAUCAGGAACAUUGUGUGAAGCCCUGCUAAUGGUGCAAGCCUUCCAUGCAAACAUCAUAUAUCCUAACAAGCAAGAACAGGCUUUUAAUAAGCUGACUGGUGAUGGCCAUGUGCUGGACUCUGAGACAUAUGUCGGAGGCCAUGUAGAAGCUCUUGAGUCAGGAGUAUUCAGAAGUGACAUCCCUUGUAGAUUUCGAUUGGUUCCUGAUGCAUUCCAGAAGCUUAUUGAUAAUGUGGAAAGUACAAUGCGACAUGCCAUUGUUGAGGAAGAAAAUAUUCCUAUGGACACUGUUACAAAUUUUGAUGAGGUUUGUGCUGAGAUCAAAGACAGGUUGGCAAGUUUGCGAGACACACCUGCUAGACUGGAGAACCCUUUAAUCUAUCAUCUUGAUGUGGGUGCCAUGUACCCUAACAUUAUACUCACCAACAGACUCCAGCCGUCUGCUAUGGUUGAUGAGGCAACUUGCGCUGCAUGUGACUUCAACAAACCAGGAGCAAGAUGCCAGAGAGUCAUGAAUUGGACUUGGAGAGGCGAUUUUAUGCCAGCAACUCGAAAUGAAUAUCAAACCAUCAAACAGCAGCUUGAAGUAGAAAAGAUUCCUGGUGUUAAUCCAGGUGAUCCCACCAGAUCGUUCCAUUCUUUGACCCUUGCUGAACAAGCUCAGAUGGAAAAAAAGAGACUACAAGAUUACUGUCACAAAGCUUACAAGAGAGUGCGUGUAAGCAAGCAAGAAAUCAGAAACACUAUGAUUUGCCAACGGGAGAAUUCAUUUUACGUGGACACUGUGCGAGCCUUCCGUGACAGGCGUUAUGAAUUCAAAGGGCUUUUAAAGGCUUGGAAACGUAAACUUGGUGCUGCAAUGCAAAGUGGUGAUCCUGAAGAAAUCAAAAGUUGUAAAAGCAAGGAGGUUUUGUAUGAUUCUCUUCAGCUGGCCCACAAAUGUAUCUUGAAUUCAUUUUAUGGUUAUGUCAUGAGAAAAGGACGUCCUCUAGAAUUAGACACUGAUGGAAUCUGGUGUGUUCUGCCAGCAAGUUUCCCUGAAAACUUCCAGAUAACUACAACUAAUCCAAAGAAGAGUAAAGUGGCAAUUUCUUACCCUGGAGCUAUGUUAAACAUCAUGGUUAAGAACCACUACACUAAUGACCAGUACCAUGAACUUACAGAUGCAGAGAAUCUGAUCUAUGAAACAAGAAGCGAAAACUCCAUCUUUUUUGAGGUUGAUGGUCCCUAUAAAGCAAUGAUUCUUCCUGCCUCAAAAGAAGAAGGAAAGAAAUUAAAGAAGAGAUAUGCAGUGUUCAAUGAUGAUGGAUCCUUGGCAGAAUUGAAAGGAUUUGAAGUAAAGCGACGUGGUGAGCUACAGCUGGUCAAGAUUUUCCAAUCAUCUGUUUUUGAAGCUUUCCUUCAGGGGAAAACUCUAGAUGAAGUUUAUGCUGCUGUGGCCCAAGUGGCAAACUAUUGGCUUGAUGUUCUCUUCAGCAAGGCAGCAAAUAUGCCCGACAGUGAACUCUUUGAAUUGAUCUGUGAGAACCGCAGCAUGUCUAGAAAGCUUGAAGAUUACGAAGGACAGAAAUCAACUUCAAUCAGUACAGCAAAGAGACUGUCAGAAUUUCUAGGUGACCAGAUGGUCAAAGACAAGGGUCUCAGCUGCCGGUUUAUUAUUUCAAGAAAGCCGGAAGGAUCACCAGUUACUGAAAGAGCCAUACCUUUGGCAAUCUUUCAAACAGAGGAUGGUGUGAAGAAACAUUAUCUACGACGUUGGCUAAAGGAUGCAUCCAUGAGCAGUUUUGACAUCAGAGAUAUCCUAGAUUGGCAAUAUUACAUUGAGCGGCUAAACAGUUGUAUUCAGAAGAUCAUUACUAUUCCAGCUGCACUGCAAGGAGUCAGUAACCCUGUUCCUCGUUGCUCUCAUCCAGACUGGUUACACAAAAGGCUAUUAGAAAGAAACGAUGUUUUCAAACAACAGAAGAUCAAUGCCAUGUUUGCACCACUUCCCAAGAAGAAGCCACAGGAUGACAUCUCCAAUCAAGAAAACCACAGUCCUCCCAAAAGUCAAUCCUUGGACAUAGAGGAUAUUGGUGGGAAAGGGAAAUCGCCACCUGGUAUACCUGUGGCCACUAAGAGGAAACAUGGACAAAUGACUCUUGGUAGUAGUUUCUCCAACAUUACAAGUCGAAAUUCCUCACAGCAAACUGAUGGACAGUUGUCUCAAACAUGGAGAGAAGUUUUAGGGGAACCUCCACAUUGGGGGCCAAACAAGGAAGACAAGGAGAAAUGGGUGCAAUUUCAAAAGAAAAAAUGGGAAUUUCAGGCCAAACAACGUGCUGAGAGAAAACGUUUGCGUAAGGAAGCUGAUGCUAUGGGUAUGAACACGCUGGCUGUUGGGCGUGGCCCAUCCACUGGGCUGUCAACAUUCAUGAGACAGCAAGCUAGAUCUCUUGUAGAUACUCCUUGGCAAAUAAUACAGUUGGCUGAAACUAGUGAUCCAGGAACAUUCAAGGUUUGGGCUAUAGUAGGCACCGAUCUCCACACAAUCAAAGUUAAUGUGCCCAGGAUUUUCUAUGUAAACUGCCACACCCCAAAAGAAGGAGCUGGGACAACAUGGAGGAAAGUUUCCCGAACAUUGCCACACUCUCAUCCAGUUCUUAACCUCUAUGAGUACACUGUUCCUGAAAGAAUAUUCAGAGAUCAUUCCAGUGAAUUAGCCACAGACUUAUCAUCCCCUGACAUUGAAGGAAUAUAUGAAUCACAGGUUCCCUUGUUAAUAAGAGCAAUAAUUAAACUUGGAUGUGUCUGUAAAGUGAACAAGAUCUUUGCAAGGCUGUGUAGUGGAAUGGAUCUGGAUACAUUUGAGCUGGACCAACUGGAGUUUAAGACUCUUGCAGAGUGUUCCUACAUGGAGAAUGUGAAUCUGAAGAAAAUAUAUUUUUAUCACAGCUCCUCAGACAAUCGAGUCAUAUUUGCCAUCUUCAUUCCAGCUUUACACAAGGCUUCUGUGUUUGUUUUGGAUAUGGUGAGAACUAACCAGAUGCCAAACUUGUCUUCUUUAUAUCAAGCAGAAAGAAGUGCAAGGCUUGAAAGGGAUCAAGGAGAUGAAAGCAUUUUUCCCCCAGAGAAUCUUGCAUUUGAUGUCAGAGUUGAUACUGACCCUCGACAGACCUACAGGGCAAUUCAAAGAUUUCUUAUGAACUAUAAAGAGGAGAGGCGUGGACCCACAAUGAUUUUGGUGCAGUCACCUUGGGACGUCAAUCAUCUUACAUCAUCUAUUCCAAGUCUUCAAGAGUUUCCACUUGUAUGUCUUCCAUACAGUGACAGCAAUGCUCAGCACAAUGUUCUUGACUGGCAGCGACAUGCUGCAAGAAGGAUGGUACAGCAUUACCUUGAGGUGGAAUUGUUUUACCAGACUCAGCUUGAACUAGCUCAGUACUUUCAUGUCCCAGUGGGAAAUGUCCCAUCAGACCCAACCCUGUUUGCUGCAGACCUCUUCUAUGCACGUCACCUUCAGAAGCACAAUCACUUGUUGUGGAUGUCACCAAUGGACAGACCUGAUCUGGGCGGCAAGGAGGAUGAUGAUAAUAGACUUAGUGUUGUCUCUGAAGAAGGGGGGAACAUUGAAGUCAAUCGCCCAGGGUGCUAUCCAACAGUUUGUGUGGAGCUCUCAAUUGACUGUUUUGCAGUGAACACUGUAUUGCAGUCUGCACAUAUCAAUGACUUUGAAGGAGGCUCUGCAACUGGAAUCAGUUUUGACAGUAUGCCACAGGCUUCUUUAGUAGAACUAGUGCAAGGAGGGUCCAGUGCAGCCUCCAGUUUGACAACUUAUGAUGAAGCUGCUCUUUGCUCCAGUGCUUUUAGAAUCCUCAAGGGUAUGGUUCACAGCUGGUUACAUGAGGUGUCUACGUAUGGAAAUCUGAAUGCAGAUGCACAGUUGAUGCAUUUUUACAGGUGGCUAGCAUCUCCCUCUGCUCUUCUUUAUGAUCCAGCUUUGUGUAGAAUGGUGCAAAGAAUGAUGAAGAAGUUAUACAUGCAGCUCAUAGCUGAAUUUAAGCGUCUUGGUUCCACUAUAGUGUUUGCAAACCUUAGCAGAAUAAUCAUUUGCACAAAGAAGAGAAGUGUUGCUGAUGCCAAGGCAUACGUGGAUUUCAUUCUCAAUAGUAUUCACAGAAAAGACUUGUUCCAUAGUAUAGAAAUAAAACCAGAAUCUUGCUGGGAGUAUCUUAUGUGGAUGGACCAGGCAAACCAUGGUGGGGUGAGAGGCAAGCUUCCCAAGGAAAUUGAUGAAGAAGAGGUUGUGGAAAAUAUGGAGGAUCCACAGAACAGUAGUGAUGAAUUGAUGGCCACUCCUAAUGAUGAUGAUGAACCCAAUGUGGAAAUGAAUUGGAACAUGAAGAGGUAUCUUCCCUCGGCUGCUUCUUGUCAAAGCUAUUUUCAGAUUAUCAUUGCUAGUCAUAUUCAUGCAGUGUACACCCAUUCCUUGGAAGAAAGAAGGCGCAUUGAACCUGGCAGUACUCCAAUCAAGAAAAGAACAAGUUCUCAGUCACAGAAAGUUGCAGACACAUCAGCCACACCUAGUCUUGUAACAUUUGCCCAGGAGAGGAUCUCUGGUGAACUCACUCAAACUCUCUUCAAUGUGACACAGAAGAUACAACAUGCAUUAUCUGGUGAUAGAUCUUCAAAUACAGAUCCUAGUGCAGAAUUUCCUCUUUUGCCUGGAUCCCAUCUUCCACUGAACAAUCCUGCUUUGGAGUUUGUGAAGUUCAUCUGCAAGGUGUUGUCCCUAGAUUCUAACACUCAGCAUCAAGUGAACAAGCUGAGACGAGACCUGCUGAGGCUCCUUGCUGUUGGAGAAUUUUCUUCUGAGGCAACAUUUAGAGAUCCUUGUUCGUCACUGGUUCUUCCAGAGGUUAUUUGCUUGUCCUGUAACUCUUGCCGUGAUCUGGACCUCUGCCGUGAUCCCUUCAUAACCGCAGCAGAGGGAAACAAUCCUGCAUGUUGCAGAUGCGCAAAUUUAGAGUGUGGCAGUGAAUAUGAUAUGGAUUUCAUUGAGAGCCAGUUAAUUGACAUGGUGCAAAAGCAGUCCAUGGCAUUUGUUCUUCAGGAUCUGAAAUGUGUUAAAUGCCUCGGAGUAAAUGCCACAAAUAUGUCAAGAUACUGCAAAUGUGCAGGCAACUUUUCCUACACCCUGUCUCUUGAUGAGUUCUUCAACAAGCUGAAGACUUUUAGAAAUGUGGCUAGGCAUUACAAGUUGGCACUUCUGGAAGAAACAGUCAACUGGAUUAUGCAGAAAAAUCCCUACUCUUAAAGAUCAUUAACAAACAAAAUUUGAACAUAAUUUAUCAAAAGUCAUUGCUGACAUUUCUUGUCAGUGGUGCAAUGCACCACACUUGCAUCAUUUCUUUUUACAUAAUUAUAGCCAACAUUAAAAUUUACAUUGCUUAUCAGUUUUGUUUGCAAGUUUGGGGAGCAUCAAAAAAAUUAUUGUAAAAACUGUUGUCAUUUGUUCUCAGAGAAAUUAUCGAUUUAAUGGAAUAAAGUACACCAAAUCUUUGCAAUA